AUGUUCUGUCGAUGGCAAAUAUGGAGGCAAACUGUGAAAGAAAUCCAAUAAUUUACGGCAGCAAAUGUCAUCUUAGAUGUAUCAAUGGAUAUGAAAUAAAACCGGGUGUAAAACAAAUUACGCUGGAAUGUUUGACAGGCAGUUCCUUUAGCGGGAACAUCCCAACUUGCAAAAAGGUUACUUGCAACAAACAUGACAUUAAACUGAAGGUUAACAAUGGGAAAGUUAAUUGUGGAGAUAACACAUACGAAUCGAAAUGCCACGCAGAGUGUAAACAGGGGUAUUCCUUGUCGCCAGGAGUCAACAGUGUCACUUGCCAAGCUGACAAAUCCUGGUCAUCAAAACUACCGGACUGUGCAGAUACCACUCGUCCAAUUAUUGAGUAUUGCCCCUCAGACAUUAAACUUUUUGCCGAUGCACGUGCCAAUUACACACAUGUCACUUGGCCCAUACCGAGAGCUGUGGACAACUCGGGAGGCAAUUUGAUGAUCCAACAGACAGAAGGUCCUAGAAAUGGUUCAAAGUUUUAUGUUGGAACCACACAAGUAAAGUACAAAGUUUCUGAUUCAUCUGGAAAUUCAAACAAUGACUGCAAUUUUCGAGUGACUAUUGAUGAAAUAUCUUGUGGAUGGCCAAUUCUUCCAGAUCGGUACAUGAAUGUGGACUGCCCAGAUGGUUUAACUUCUGGUGUGGAAUGCCAGAUAGACUGUGGAACUUUUGAAGUGGUAGGAAAUACUACCAUAUUCUGUGAGAAAAAAGGCCAGACAACAGUGAGAGGUGAAUGGAAUUAUGGUCAAAUGAAGCAAUACUGUAAAAAGAAUCCCUGUGAACCCCUUCCAGCCCCAGCCAACGGUGCAAUGGCCUGUGAUGAAUGGUUAUACGGUGUAUUUUGUCAAAUGCAAUGCAUGGAAGGGUAUGAUAUCCCGAAUGGAGCUGUCGGUUCAAAUAAUAAGGUGUUUACCGGUCAAUACGUCUGCUCAGAAACAAAGGGAACUUAUAUUCCUUCCAAUACUGUUCCUAACUGCACAGUUAAACGACUUCCAUCUGAAUCAAUUACAUUGAUGGAAUUCUUUUACUACACUGGAGACUGCAACAACAGAACAGUACAAGAGGAGAUAAGAACAAAUUUUAUAACAUAUAUAAGGGAUAUGAAUGAUAAUGGAGGGUUUGAUGGCAUUUGUCCAGACGAAAUUUCCUGCAAUAUUGCAAAUGUUUCCGUCUCUUGUGGAGAAAUAUCUAAUCGAAAGAAGCGAGCUGCCGAAAGAAGAACCACACUUAAGGUUCAAUUUGAACUACAAACACGUUUCCUAAACUCAAAUACUACGAAUAUCGUAAACAUUGUUCCAAAACUUCAAAAUAAAUACAUGGAUGUUGUAAAAGAAAGUGCACGGAAUGGUACCCUUGACCUCGGUGAUUUGAAAGUCGACUCCGAAAGUUUCCAAAUCGAUGAAAUGGUAGGCGUAUGCGAUCCAGGAUAUGUCUGGAAAUCUUCAACAAUCUCUUGUGUGCCAUGCCCACCUGGAACAUAUUUAGAUUAUACUCGAGGUAAAUGUCUUGACUGUCCUAUUGGAACCUACAAGGAAACAGAAGAAAGUGCAGUAUGUACAAUGUGUCCAGCGGGAACGUCAACAAUAUCAGAAGGAAGUUUGUCAAAAGGCGAUUGUAAAGAUACGUGUGGACCUGGCACAUUUUCUAAAACGGGUCUCAUACCUUGUGUGAGAUGCCUAUAUAACCACUACCAAGAUCAAAAAGGAGCUACAUCCUGUUCUCAAUGUCCGAAGGGCAAAAUAACAACAUCGGUCGGUAGUGCAGAUAUAGCUUCAUGUAAAGAUAUGGACAUACUCUUUAAAAAAGAAGAAACAAUUUACCUGGGACAUCUUAAAGAAAUUAAUCAACUUACCUACGCAACCUGGUUUAAAUUUGGAAAUAAAUCGUUAAAUUUGACUUUUUUCCGAGCAACAUCACCGAAUAAGAGCAUAGAGUUCCGUUUACAGGAUCAAGUUCUUUACUUUAUUAUUGAUGGAAAAAAUGUGUCCACUCACUUGAUAAAUAUGUCUAACAAGUGGAAUCACGUGACUGUGAUGCUAUUUGGAGACGCUGCAAAUAUUAGACUUUAUAACAGGCUUCGACUGCAGAUGGAUACAAUUGUCAAUCUGACGUCAUAUUUUUAUAUAUCGGAUCAAGCGAAUGCCGAGUUAGAAUUAACAUCAGGAAAGGAUGUUAUGCUUUCCGGUCUGCAGUUUACAGAUAGACUUAUUCAAGAAGACGAAAAAUAUUUAAUCCAAAGGUGUAAUAGUUCGCUUGAUAUGGCGAUUUUUAAUAUGAGGAAUUUGUCAGAACACAUUAUCAACAAUUCUUCCGUUCGUAAAAUUAUCCCAAGUUCCUGUUUCGAUAAGGAUGAAUGUGAGCCAAAUCCUUGCAAUGGUCAUCCUUGCUUAAAUGAAUUUGGAGGUUACUUUUGUAACUGUCUUUCUGGAUUCAAAGGGAAAACGUGCCAAAUUCCACCAGACUUUUGCGCCUCCAAUCCGUGUUUUAACAAUGGAACCUGUAAAAAUUCGAACUCCUCCUACAAUUGUUUAUGCAAUAACCAAUACACUGGAAGAAGAUGUGAAAACGCAAUAAUUGACGGUGGAUGGAGUAACUGGGAAUUCUGGUCCACCUGCUCAAAAUCAUGUGAAUCUGGUACAACAGAAAGACGGAGAUUUUGUAAUAAUCCUCUGCCAUCUCAGGGUGGGCAACCGUGUGAAGGACUGGGGGCUGAACGACAGGAAUGCAAUACAGAAAAAUGCCCCGAAUGUCCUGCCUUUACAGCUGGAAAUAAUUCAGUUGUGGAUUGCUUUGAGAACGGUACACAACAGAUAAAGUGUUUUCUUUCAUGUGAGGAGGGUUACUCAUUCCAGACAGGUCUACAAUUAAAUAUUACAUACGUGUGUGGGAUAGAAACGUCUUUUAAAUGGAAUGGAAGUUCAAUUUUUCCACAAUGUGGCCGAGUCCAAAUACCGAGGGAGCUGAAAGCAAACACAGACUUUAAUUAUGACAAGGCACUGAAAUGUUCCAGAAUGCAAGAAAUAACGGAUAUUAUUAAGGAGAAAACAAAAGAAACCGUAAGAUGCGUUGUGAACAAAACUUGCGAUUCAGAAAUAAAACUGGAAGAUUGCACGACGAACAAGAGAGAACAGGAAACUAGAACAGCAAGUCUUGUGUUGUCACGAAAAAUUAGAUCGACUGAUACUGGAGACGAAAAUGGAGACGAUUAUGCAACUACUCUGUUUGAACUGGAGUUUUCACUACAAGAAAUAAAUAAUACUGAGGGAAUUCUUUCUUUUAAAAUGGAUGGCGAAACUUAUCGUUCCCUAGGGUCAUCCAUUGAGGCCCGUAUUGUGUGUGAAGAAGGGCAAGGUGUUAACCAAGGAUUAUGCAUUGAUUGUCCUCCUGGAACCUAUUCAUCCUCGGGUGAAUGUCUUCUAUGUGAUUCUGGUUUUUACCAAGAUACAAAUAGAGCAGAUUUUUGUAAAUCUUGUCCCAAAGGAUAUUCAACGAUUGGUUAUGGAGCUACAAGUCUGAAAGAUUGCAUAGGUCCAAAGCGCUCUGAUGUUUCAACGCAAAAAAUUGACACCAAAGAUGAGCCAACGUCCCCCGAUGUACCUGGUCUACUCCUGUAUAAUGCUGUUGGAUUUGCUGCUAUUUUACUAAUUGGCGUCAUCAUAACGAUUAUUAUUUGCAUACACAAAAAGAGGAAAAGAUCCGCAUAUGAUGUGAGCAAAGAAUAAAUUCAAAGGAAAUUAAAAUGAAGUGUUAGAGUGAUGUGAAUGGAAGCUGAAUAUUAAAGUGCUAAUAUCAAAAAGGACUAAAAAUAUUUGGAGCAAGUCUACUUGAAAGUACGGUAUUGCAUUAAUGUUGCUUCUAGGAUCGAUGCACACUACCUGUAAAUCGUUUAGUGUUGGAUUUUGUCAUCUUUUAACAAUACUCUCUACCCACACACUAGCUAUUACACCUAAAAAUUGAAAGACUUCAAAUUUUAGCUUUUGAUUUCUGUGCAGAAAAUUAAUUCCAAAAAAUGAAACGUAUAACUAUCUUUUAUUAUUAAUAUACAAAAUAAAGUUAAGAAUUGAUGCCAAAACAAUGACAGGAAAACUAAUCGAGAAGACAACUACGAGGUGUAUCUCGAGUAUGAUUGAAAUUGAAGAAAAGAUCAAAUGAAUGAUUUAAUGCUUUUAUUAAUUUGUGUUAAAAUCGUAAGAAAGAACUUAAUGUUACAUGUAGAUAACUCUGGUAGAAUAUCUGGGAAAAAAAUUGCAUAUGUUACUGUAAAUGUAUUAUAUUUAGCGUGUACGAUAUUUAGCGGAAAUUGAUUUUUGAACGAGUUAGCGUAGAUUUGAUUUAGCGCAUUUCUCAAUGUUCUUAUUUAUGUAUAUAUCUGCAAGACAUUUAGCGUUGUAUUUGAAUUAGCGGAAGUUCCUUUCCGCCAAAAGCGCUUAAAAGAAUACACAGCCAAAUGUAAUAUGUUUACAGUAUACUAUUUAUUGAAAGACUUCAUCUUUCAAAACGUCUUUAAUGAAAUGAUUUAAGUGAAGAAAUAUACAAUGUAUAAGAAACACUUCGUGUUACUUAUUUUAUCAUUUACUUCCACUCGUCGUUGCAAAGAAUCAGUCUAUUCACUUUCAUUACAUUGUUUACAUCACGUAGCAAAUUCAAACGAUAAUGGCCAAUUAGUGUCAUCCGGUAGGUUCUUAGAUAAAAUAACGCUAACUGUAAUAGCUAUGCACACUUAAGAGUUUUGAUUAUAUUGUAUUUUUUCUGCUGUAAGGGUUGUCUGCCCUUAAAUCUAGAUUCCAAUAAAAACAGAUGUACAAUAAAUUACUCAAUUUGUAUUCAUUUUAAGUAUUCUGAACAUUUUAAAAGAUCUAGGUAAAUUUUAAAAACAUGUUAAUUACAGGUAUUUUUUAUGGAAGUAAACAUCAGUGAUUUUUAAUGGCUGAUACUGUUUUCUGUUUGAACAUUUAUUUUUUGGGGGAAAUGCAACGUAUCAUAUUGUGAAAUUAAGCUCAACAUACUCAAUGUAAAUACUUCAAACAAUACUGUUUUAAUGUUUUUUUUUAAAAAACUGCUCUGGUAAAGAGACGAUCUUAAAGAAAAUGCCAACUGAAGGAAUUUAUGUGAUAUUCAUUACCGGUGUUUAGGUCAAAUUUGUUUUUUUAAUUAAUGUUAUAAUUAUGUUCAUUGUCAGAUACUGGUUAUUGCUGCUAGUAAUUAUCAGUUAUAACUGUAUUACGAUGUUUGAGAUAUUCGUAUAGAUUUUAUGUACAUGCAAUAACUAGCUAGAAUGUCAUGAUUUGUGUAUUAGGUACAGCUGUAAUCAUAUACCUAUAAAAAAUUUUGUAUAAUAUUAUCUAUGUUUAUUAGUUUUUUAUAUUGAUUAUUUAUCUUGACAUUUUGCAAAUGGUCUUUGCUCGUGAACUUUGAAAAAGUUAAAUAAAUCAAAUGAUAAACAUGAAUCAGACACCAUAAAAUAUUGUGGAGAGAAAUGCUACAAUAAAAUGUAAGAUAGCAAA